AUGUCCUGGCUGAUCUGCCUGUGCCUCUGGGUCAGUGUGACUGCUAUACAGCUGUGUCAGGCCACCUUCUAUGACACCAUCCAGCAGCACCUCACACCCAACGGUACAAACAUCUAACUGCUGGAGGGAGGCACGUGUGAAGUGAUCGCUGCACACAGGUGCUGCAACAAGAACCGCAUAGAGGAGCGGUCGCAGACUGUCAAGUGUUCCUGUCUGCCGGGCAAGGUCGCCGGCACGACCCGGAACAGACCUUCAUGUGUGGAUGCAUCCAUAGUAAUCGGCAAGUGGUGGUGUGAGAUGGAGCCAUGCCUGGAGGGGGAGGAAUGCAAGACACUCCCCGACAACUCAGGCUGGAUGUGUUACGCCGGGAACAAGAUCAAAACCACGAGGAACACCCAGCCGUACACGACAUCGACAUAUUAGCACUUUGGGGGCAGGGAGCCGAGGGAACGGCUCUGGUGCAAGGGUUUACUCACAGCACAGUCCCAGGACCAAUAACAACAAAGAUGCUCAACUUUUGCUGGCUUUAAAAGUGCAAAUACUCCCCAGAUUAAACGUGUCAAAAGAUGCAGAAUACAUACG